UUGACAACGAAGUUUUACAUCUGGCCAGCGCUAAGCGCUCCAGCCCCGCGUGGGGACUUGAUCAACUGCAGACCCGGCCGUUGGUACUAUUAUGUACUAAGUCAGUCUUUCAAUCUUAUCAUAUACUAACACUCUACGGUAUCAAGUAUCUCCUUGAGCACCCCAAGGCUCAGAGAUCCCAAACGUGAGUUAUUUCCGCGGUUUCAUACUAGGGAAUAACUAGUAGGCCACCUGCAAGAAAAGAUGUCGAAUUCCGAGUCGUUGUCUAUCCCAACCACAAUGCGGCAGCGCGUCAUCGACUACAUCACCCAACUCCAGAACGACAUCGUCAGUGCUCUUGAGGAGGCCUCAGUCUCUCCGUGUCAGUUCAAAUGCGAUGCCUGGUCACGUCCGCAAGGCGGUGGUGGCAUCUCGCGCACAUAUGCCUCUUCCGGAGAUGAUGCCACCUACGAAAAAGCCGGCGUCAAUAUCUCUAUGAUCCACGGCACACUCCCCCCAGCUGCAAUCAAGCAAAUGAGCAGCGAACAUUCAUCCCUGGAUGUCAAUACUACGACUGCCCUUCCCUUCUUUGCUGGUGGCAUCAGCUUAAUCGUACAUCCGCGCAAUCCGAACGCACCAAGUGCGCACGCAAACUACAGGUACUUUGAGGUAAUGGAUUCCACAGAGAAGGAUGCAAAGGUUGUUGGGUGGUGGUUCGGUGGCAUCACAGAUCUCACGCCAUCAUACCUGUUCGAGGAGGAUGCGAAGGAGUUCCAUGAGACGCUGAAGGCGGUUUGCGACGCCUAUGGGACAGCCCUGUAUCCCAAGUUCAAACAGUCUUGCGACGAUCAUUUCUUCAUUCCCCAUCGCAAGGAGUAUCGUGGUAUUGGAGGGAUCAGAUUUGAUGACCUAAACGACGAGAUGAACACUAUUCUAGGCACCGUAGACGGGGAAGCCCGCCCCCGCACAGCAGAUGACAUAUUCGCAUUCGUACGUGCUCUUGGAGAUGUAUUCACCUCCUCCUAUAUGAGCAUUCUCAAUCGCCGGAAAAUCAUGCCUUCAGAUGAACGCAUGCGCCGUUGGCAGCUUCUCCGACGUGGGCGAUAUGUUGAAUUUAACCUCGUUUGUGAGAGGGGAAUUAAAUUUGGAUUAGCUGCACCCGGAGUCAAUGUGGAGAACGUGCUGAUGGGAAUGCCAGAAAUGGCAAGAUGGGAGUAUAUGUCAGAUAUGUUUGAAGAAAGUGGUUCGGCCGAAGGAAAGAUGAUGGAGGUGCUCAGGUCCCCGAAGUCUUGGGUCCGGGAUUGCUAGCUUGAUAAAUCUCGAAAGUGUCGCGUUAAGUGCUCAGUACUCGAUCUGGUCGUAGUCGGAAAUACACCCUGGCAGACUGGCUGCUGAUAUUCUUUUAUGUGCCGAUAAAGUCGAAUUCCGAUGAGAAGCACUAGAAUCAACGUAAAGCACCCUAUGGAAACUGGCGGAUUCUCUGGAAGAAACCCGAACUUUAUCUUCCAGCGCUCAUGAUUCUAGUAGUCUCGUGGAUCAGUGAGAAGGGAAUGCCUUCUCACACAUUCAUUUCUCAGGCAAGGCGGUUCGUCCAAAAGACCAUGAUUCUGAUAUGAAUCUAGUCUGAUUCAGAAUUUUGUUUCGAGGC